CGUGUAUAAAUAAGACCCAGUUCAUGCUUUUUGUAUCAUGGAUUAAGUCGGACUUCGUGUAUAAAUAAGACCCAGUUCAUGCUUUUUGUCGAGUAUUAACCAUCUCUGCUUCUUUUGCUGGAAUAACAAAAAGAGAAGAUUGAGUGGAAACAUUUCUUUUACCUUUUUUUUUAUUGCGAUUUCUGGUUUAAAUUGGAUUUUACUUGAAGAUUCGAUACUUCGUCUUCAGUCCGCUUCAAGGCGUCAUUUUCAGAAUCCAAAGAUUCUCAUGCAUCUUUAGUAGCUAUCUUGGUUUCGGCGUUCUGUUAAAGGUUUUAUGGUUUCUGAAUCUCUGUUCCAUACUUCCAUAUAAGGAGCAGGACAACUGUGGUAGUGAAGGGCUGAAGGCUUUUUGCAGUUACUAAUUGAGGUCGAGGUCGAGCAGCGUGGGUCUUGGUGUGCGGCAGAGAAUCGUUGAUUUCAGCGCACAGAACACAAAGGGAGAAGGCAGAGCUCUUAUUGUAUAUUUUCAGCAAAAAUGGUGGUUAGAAAGGUGGACCUUCGAUCUGACACAGUCACGAAACCAACUGAAGCAAUGAGGGCCGCAAUGGCAAAUGCUGAAGUUGAUGAUGACGUAUUGGGUGCAGAUCCAACAGCUUGCCGCUUCGAAGCGGAAAUAGCCAGGAUCACGGGCAAGGAGGCAGCUCUAUUUGUUCCUUCAGGCACUAUGGGUAACCUUAUAAGUGUCCUUGUCCACUGUGAGAUUCGUGGAAGUGAAGUCAUUCUUGGAGACAUUUCCCAUAUUCAUGUAUACGAGAAUGGAGGCAUCUCGACCAUUGGACAUGUACAUUCCAGGACUGUAAAGAAUAAUUCAGAUGGAACAAUGGAUAUUUCGCUGAUUGAAGCUGCCAUAAGAGAUCCUAAGGGGGAGCUUUUCUACCCAACUACUAGGCUUAUCUGCUUGGAGAACACACAUGCAAAUUCUGGUGGUAGAUGCAUUUCUGUUGAGUAUACAGACAGAGUAGGAGAGUUGGCUAAAAAACAUGGGUUGAAGCUCCACAUUGAUGGAGCACGAAUUUUUAAUGCAUCAACUGCCCUUGGAGUUCCUGUUAGUAGGCUUGUACAAGCUGCUGAUUCAGUUUCGGUCUGUCUGUCUAAAGGUUUGGGUGCGCCAAUUGGAUCUGUGAUUGUAGGUUCAAAGAGCUUUAUUGCCAAGGCUAAGAGGCUCAGGAAAACCCUUGGUGGUGGAAUGAGGCAAAUAGGCAUCCUGUGUGCUGCUGCAUAUGUUGCAUUGCAUGAGAAUGUUGGUAAGCUUGAGGGUGAUCACAAGAAAGCAAAAGUUUUAGCAGAAGGACUGAAUCAAAUCAAGGAACUAAGAGUGGAUGUAUCUUCAGUAGAAACAAAUAUUAUAUUUUUUCAUGUAUUGGAGGGUUCUGAAGUCAUUGUAGAAAAGCUCACACAAUUUCUGGAAAAGCAUGGUAUACUUGUGAUGCCAGUAAGCUCAUCCGGAAUCAGGCUUGUUCUCCACCACCAAAUCUCUGAAAGUGAUGUCCAAUAUACUUUGUCAUGCAUUCAGCAAGCCGUUCGUCUCCAUGUUGGAAGUGCUGGAAAUUGAGACAUACAAAGAAUCAUUUCCUUUCUGUGGUCAGAAAGAUGUUUGUAGGCACACAAGCAGUUGAAGCAUAUGUGCUAAUUCAGUCUCAGCCAUAUUAAACUACUGUACUUUCUAGCCUUUAUUUCUACUUUCUUCUUGUUGUACUUGCCUACCAGAAACUCAUCAAAAAGAAAAAAAAAAAGGAAGAAUCCUAUCAAAAGCAUUUCUUCUUUCUAUUUCCAUUUACCCAUUCAAAUAAUAUUUAUUUACUCUUCCAUGUUCCAUCUCACUAAUGAUUUUCAUGGCUUUUAUGUCA